CAUCGUUGCCCAACGCAAGGCACCCCCGGUUCGUCUGUUCCAGCACAAUCGCCAGGUCCAGAAGGAACAGCCAUCGUUCAAGCCGGGGAUCGACAAUUCGGUUUUUACCAGCAACCUGUGCUAUUCGGUUGGAUCCUCCCAGAUGGGAUUUCCAUGGAAUAUCUCCGGCCAAGCCUCCUCAAUGGAAUAAUAUCCUGGGUCCUCGGUCUCGUGUGGGAAUGUCAGUGGAUCGCGCCAUUGGUUUUCAGAAACAAUGAGCGGUCAUACGACUAUGACGAUGAUGCUGGUGAAGAAUGUGACGGUACCAGGUCGUCUCCCACCCCUGCAAAAUCGCAUAAAGCAAUACAUGUCCGAUAA